AUGUCUUCCGCAUACUCCAAGCCUAGCACUGCAUCAUCUGCAGCCAAGAAAACAGCACUUGCAUCUAGGAAGGCUGCACUUAAGGGUGUUGCUUCAAAGGCAACAAAGAAAAUCAGAACAUCCACCCACUUCUAUCGCCCAAAGACACUUCGUCUGCCGCGUACUCCUAAGUAUGUUCGCAAAGCCAUUCCAAAGAAAAACUCCAUGGAUGCACAUGCCAUAAUCCGAUCUCCCCUUUGCACCGAGUCUGCAAUUCGAAAAAUGGAGGAGAACAACACUCUUGUUUUUCUUUGCGAUGUCCGCGCCUCAAAGCACCAGAUCAAACGUGCGCUGAAGACACUCCCUGAUGGCAUCAAGAAGGCUUAUGUCCGCCUCAGCCCCAGUACCGAUGCAGCAGAUAUUGCCUACAAGGUAUCUAUCCUCCUCGUUGCUUAUAUUUUAUAG